UGUCCAUCGCUAGCGCCCUUUACGUCUGGCAACGCUGUGAUCGUCGUAGUGGUGCGGCGGACAUUGUUCUCGCGGCGUGCUGUUUCACCUCUUACUCUUUUCCGGGCUGGUUUCCAAGCAAUUGCGGGUAAAUGACCCACUGGGUCCCCACCAUGAUUGAUGCCCCGCUUAGUUCGGAGCUGGUGGCUCAGACCAUCAACUUCCAUGGGCCUCAACUUCAGAAGAUAUGGGAGGGAGAGAGGGGAGAGGUCGACCUUCAGAAUAUGGCCAUCAAGUCAGAUUUCUCUGCUUUCCAACAACGUCAGAAGACCCUGAAUUUUCAGGAUAGAGGCAAACGGCUAAAGCUCCAGCAGUUCAUUGUCAGAAAUGCAAAUUCCCUAUAUGAUCUCUCAUUCACAGAAGGUCAUUCUGAAGCGCGGAAGUUACCUGGUGAAGAUGAUUGCUAUGCUGCUCUGCCCCCCUAUGAAACAUUCCUCCCUUUGGAUCGAGGCAGCAGAGUUCGACAUUUCUUCCAGAACUGCAAGCUGGGAAAUGUUGUCAUUGGCACCAUCAUAUCCAAAACUGCCAAUGGUCUCACAGUGAAAGUCCUUAGUAUUGAAGAUGGAGAUAGGAUACGUUUUGUUGGAGAUCUUCAGAUCAAGGCUUUUUGUCCUGUAAUCAAUCUCAUCCCAGCUCUUGACAAGAAGAAGGUGUCGCGUACUUAUUUGCUGAACGACGCAGUGUGCUGUGAAGUUAUCGAGGUUGUAGCUGAGGCAGACAAACUUGUUCUUGGCAUGAAGGGGACCAUGCUGCCUCCUGGUUCUGAUCAGCACUCGCGACUUGGUCUUAUCUUCUCUGAAGACUUUCCUGAUGUUUUCCGGCGAAUUCAGGAUCGAACCAAUGAGUCGUUCGAAGUCUUGUUGAAAAACAAUGUUGCUUUCAACAACCCCGGUAGCAUCACUUAUUUGGCCACCUCAAUGGGUCUUCAGAACAAGAACUACUCCCACAUUAGUGGCCUCAGGGCUCGUUUCCCAGAGCAGGAGUAUGCCACAGAACUUCGACAGGUUCAAGCCAGCAAGUGGGCAUUCCGAAGUGUCGCUGAUGGAAUUGAACACUUCAAGGCAGGACGUCACACCGAGGCUUUCCAGUGUUUGAACAAGGCUCUCAGCAUUGAUCCCCGCAACAUCGAAGGCUUGGUUGCCCGUGGAGCAUUGUAUGCUAACAGUGGUAGCUUUAGCAAGGCUAUUGAAGACUUCGAGGCUUCACUGAAGCUUAAUCCUACUCAUCAAAAUGCCCGAAAGUACAUGGGCGAGACCUUGGUCGCGUUGGGCCGAAGCUAUGAAGAAGAUAACAAGCUGGAUGAUGCUAUGAAAUCCUAUGAAAAGUGUCUAACUAUUGUCCCAUUCCAUGAAGAAGCAACCAACUCUAUUCAGUUCAUCAAAAAGAAGAUGACUGAUGUGUCUGGUCUUCCUGGACUUACACCCACCAAGUCCCUGGAAAUGAAGGAAACUUUGAAGCAGCUUCUGAAGGUGGACCAAGAGGAUGAAGAACCACAGGACAAGCACAAGCGGAAGUCGAAGAAGAAAAAGGAUCGCAAAUCUCGCAAGCGGCGUCAUCGUUCAAGCUCCAGCAGCAGCUCCUCUUCCAGUGACAGCUCACGAAGCUCCUCCUCGUCAUCAUCGUCUUCAAGCUCGAGCUCUGGAUCUUCCCAUUCUGGAUCGUCCCGCUCGCGGUCACAUUCCCGCAAGGAUAGGAAGAAGAGAAGGAAGAGUAAGAGCAAGAGCAAGGAUGGCCGUGAAAGAUCCCUGUCCCCACUCAGCAAGCGCAUGGCCAUGGAUAACCCAGAGGCAGAUGGUUCUAUGAGCCAGAAGAUGCCUCAAUAUAAUGCACCAUUGCAAUUCUCAUCAUACCCAUAUAACUAUUCUGCUGCCCAGAAGGAGUCAGAUUAUGAACAGAAAGUUCGUUCUUUCAUUGAACAAACCAAAGGUGACCUGGACUAUGAAGAUAAGGUGCGAAAAUUCUUGGAAGAAACUGCUAGAUGGAAAAAGGAAAAGAAGGCAAUGGAAGAUAAGGCAUCUAAGAAAAAGAAGAAGAAAGAGAAGAAAUCACAUGACAAGGAAAAAAGUAAGAAGAAGAAGCGUGAAAAGAAGCACAAGAAGAACCGUUCCAGUGGAGAUUUGGACAAGAGUAUGGGUGACAAGAGUGAUGCUGAACUGGAAGCGACCAAGCGCAAGGUGGAUGCCCUGUUAGCCCGCAGAAUGCCAAAGCAUAUAGUGGAUGCGGAAGAAGAGUUCCUAUACGGUGGACCUGCCCAAGCUAAGGAACUGUCAUCUCGGGAGCCAGGUUCAACAGAAAAGAAUGCAUUGAGGUUGUUGAGUUUGGACGGGCUGGAUGAUCUGGAAUCCAAGCUAAGCGCUUACUAUGCCAAAGUGGAAAAAGAUACGGGCCUCUCAAAAAGGCAUAGUUCUGGCUCCAAAUCAAUGGAAAAGUCAAAGGACAAGUCCAAAUCUUCACCUAAAACAUCUCGAAUGGAUGAUGAUGACGAUGAUGAUAUGGAUCUCCAAGACCAAAAGAUGUCGCCCUCCCCUCAAAGGCCCAUCAUGUCUGCAAAGUGGAAAAUGCAAAUUCCGACUGUGGGAUCUGCGCUGAAGAAAAAGGAGAGCAAGAUGGAGACCAGCAAGGACCACUGGGACGAACCCGAGGAUGGCCAGUACAAGAACGACAAAGACGACGAGGACUUCGGCCGCAAGAGUCGGAAGUCGUUCGGCAUGGAGAAGAUGAUGAGGCGGUCUGGAGACGGUCACGGCCGCGGCAAGAUGGACGACAAGAACCGCGACGACUCCCCGGACAUGCCGUCCAAGGAGAGCGCCAUGGACCGCGGGCGCCGCAGCCUCCGCCAGCAGCACAGCCGCAGCCGCAGCCGUUCGUCCGAGUCCGGCAAGGGCCAUCCCCCCAUGAAGAAGAAGGACAUGCACUCGCGCUCGCGCUCGUCCAGCAGCAGGUCGCGCAGCCGGUCGCGCGGCCGCAAGUACAGCCGCGGCUCGAGCGUGUCCAGCUCGCGGUCGGGCGCCUCCUACAAGAAGAAAGACCGGUCCGUGUCUCCCAGCGGCAAGAAGCCCGGCUCUCCGGACAGGGAGCGCUACCGCGACAGGUCCAGGUCGCGGUCCUACAAGGACUACCGCAGCUCGGCGUCGCGCUCGCGCAGCCGGUCGCACGACAGGCGGUCCUACUACUCGCGCAGCCGGUCCUACGACCGGUCCAGGUCGCGCAGCAGGGACUACCGCCGCAGCCGCUCGCCCGACAGGCGGCGGGACUACCACGGCAAGUACCAGGGCCGCUUCCCCAGGCAGCGCGGCACCUACUACAAGCCCCGCUUCCAGAACUACAAGAACCCUCGCGGCCAGUUCCAGCGAGGCCGCGGCUUCAACCCGCGCUACCAGAACUACCGAGGCCGAGGCUUCAUCCCCAGAGGCAGGGGCCGCGGACGCGGGAGGUUCAACAACUUCAAGCCCGGCUACAACAACCGGUACGACAACCGCUACGACAGCAGGCGCAGGUCUCGCGACAGGGACAGCGCCGACCGCGACCGCGCCAGCAGCUACGAGGACGACCCCAUGCGGAAGGUGAACGCGGAGAAGGACAGGAUCAACAAGUACAUCGAGGAGAGCGGCAGCAAGGACGGCGCCGAGAGGAGCAAGACGCCGCGGCGCAGCGAGCCGCUGAGCGAGGGCGAGGAGAGGGAUGACGACGACUACCAGAGCAGGCAGGGCGGCUCCCCGGAGGACGGCUUCAGGGGGGACCACUGGAAGAACGAGGGCAAGUGGGCCGACAAGGGGAAGGAGUCCGAAGACAACGGCGAGGAGGUCGAGGACAUGGACAAGUUCUUCAGUAAGGUGAAGGCCUCCAAAGAGAUGAAGGAUAGAAAGUUCCAGAUUUAGUUGGUUAGUAGUAAUCAUGUGUGUCCCACAUUUUAUCAUGUCCUUGGUUCAAGGAUGCUUGUCACACCCUAUUAAUAAAUUUUGCAAUCAAUGUUGUCGAGUGUUAGGGCAAUGCUGCGUAGCACAGUGAUGUUUAUUUUGUCGCGGUUUUGAAUGAAAUAUUGUGUAGGAAAUAGUGUUGUUGCAAACUGUGAAUUCAUUACGGCUGGACAGCUGAUGUAUAAUAGAAAAAGUGCCGCAUUUAUUAUAAAAAUGACGAAGGGGUAGAAUUUAUGUAAUUCCUCUGUACUCUGAUAGUAUUAAAAGAUUUUGAAAACCCA